AUGUUGAUCUUUAUCAGGUUGAUUGGGGAAGAAGUAGAAGUUCAUCGAUACAAUGCCGAAAUAGAUAAUCAGAUAACCCUGGAAGAUUUAUUGAAACUUAUAGAAGAUCUUACACAUGUGCCAAUGGCAUAUCAAGUCAUAGGAUUCCGUGGAGAGCAGCUGAGUGAUUCUUUACAUCCUCUGCAAUCUAUUUCGGAGCUUGAAGAAAUUACUGGGAUGUUCAAACACUUAUCCACAUUAGUUUUAUUGUUAUUAAUAGUCGAUCCGGCUGCCGCCAAGAAGUUCUCUCUCUUCAACAGAGGAGGCUCCAACUCCAAACCUUCUGCUCCUCCACAAGGAGGAUUCCACCCUCAACAGCAAAAUGGUGGUUUCCAUCCUCCACCUAAUGGAGGAUUCCAUCCACAGCAAAACAAUGGUUUCCAUCCUCAACAGAACGGAGGUUUCCAUCCCCAACCUCACAAUAACUUUAAUCAGCCACGAGGCGGAAACUUCAAUGGACCUUCCAAAUCCUCGUCUGGUACCUUCACCAAGGCUUUGGCUGGAGCUGCCGUAGGAGCCAUCGCAGGUCAUUUGAUCUUCGAAGCUGGAAAAUCUAUCAUCAAGUCCGCUUCUGAUCCAAUUCAUAUGAAUGGAAGACCAUACUACUGGGAUGGACAUUAUCAGAAUAAUCCAAACACAAUCCAAUGCUCAAUGCCAUUAUCUACUCUUCAAUCACAGAUCUCUGCUACGGAAGAUAACUCUACCACUACUACAACUACUACCACCACCACUACAACUGCCCCUGUUACUGUUGUAGGAGAAACCACUACUACCCAGGAAUCGACCACUACUACCGUUGCCGCUACAACACCAGCAGGAUCUCAAACACUAUCAAAUAUUCAAUUCCAAGAUGGAACCAGACCCAAAACUAUCAUCUGGGGCUGUAAGAAAGGAAUUGAAGUUUGCUGUGGCUCAGACUGUUGUCCAGCUCCUGUGCAACAACAGACCCAAAAUUCAAAUAACAGCAGUCAAUCCUCAGAUGGAAAAGGAAUGUCGUUAACGGCUGUACUUGUCGCAAUUCUGUUCAUCUUCCUUCUGGGAACAUGUUGUUGCUGUCUCGUAGCUUAUUGUAUGUGCCGUUCUAUUUUCGAUUGCAUUAUGCCUCGUGAGGAGAAUAAGUACGAAGAAGGUCAAUAUGCCCAAGAGUACCCUAUGCAACAGUAUCCUGACCAGAAUGGAUAUCCACAACAAAACUAUCCUCAACAACAGAACUAUCCAUCUCAACCAUACCCUCAACAGCCUGGAUAUCCCCAACAACAACCAUAUCCUCAACAGCCUUAUCCACAACAACCAGGAUAUCCUCAAAACUAUUAA